GGGGUUCGGCUCCUCGCGCGACUCGCAGACGGCCCUGCGCGGCGUAGUCUCCUCCGGUGCCCCGGGCCCCUUGGCCAGGUACUCCUCCACGAGGCCGCUGUAGUCCUGCUGGGUGUAUGGCUCAAACAGCUCCCUCCACAGGCUGCCCUUGCGCGCGGUCGGCAGGCCCAGGUCGUGCAGCAGCAGGUCCCAGUAGGGGAGCUGGUCGAAGACCAUAUCGGGGAAGGACCGGCCGUGGCCGAGCGGGGCGCGGCGCUGCGACCAGCGCUGCAGCAGCGCCGCGUCCUCGAAGAUGGCCUUGGCGGACCGCGGCGACCCGUCCAGGUUCGGGUCGUCGAGCGCGUGGCCGAGCAGGUACGACGCCGCCCAGAGGCUCUGCACCUCGAGCCGCGUCAGGUUGCUCAGGUUGUUGUGGAUGCCGACGAAGGCGAGCGACCGGUCGCCCGUCGCCGCGAGGCCGGGAGGGGCGAUGCCGCGGUAAAGGCGCCAGGGGCUGUACGGGAUCCCGUGGUCCGCGGACCCGAGCUUGUAGAGGGCGGGGCGAGCCGCCGGGGCUUUUUUGCUGCUGCUGCUACUGCUGCCCUCCGGGAACCGUGCCCCGAGCUUGGCGUCGCUGGCCGCGUCGAGCCUGCGCCAGUGGAGCUGCUGCGAUUGGCUGAGCGAGAUGGAGGGCACGCCCAGGCCCGAGUGUGUGCUCUCGGGCGUGAAGUUUAUGGCUGGCUUGGCCCAGUACCCGGUCGCGGCUAUUAUGGCGUCUACUUGGAGCUCCUGACCGCGGGAGAGGUGCACUUUGUGGUCGGAAAGGUGGGAUACGUCGUCCCUGUGGACCCUGAUUUGUCCGGAAUCUACAAACUUGUGAAUGCUCAGGUCGUAGUUGUCGAUGCCGGUUGCUGUUCCGUACCUGGAAACAAGUACAACGUUUUCUGCACCGCCGUGGUGAAAUGCAUCAGCUUCCAAAACUUGCCCUUGACGAACCUCCCCGCCGCCGUUCCGUGCACCGCCUCCCGCAGCCAACCGACGCCCGAAAAGUCGUCAAACGCCCAAGGCGACAUGAAGGAUAUGAACCGGACCCUGGCCAGCCUCUCCCUCACGAGCUUGAACGGGCCCAUCCUCGCCCAGGACGGCAUGAUCCACGACGGCCCGCGGCCCGUCUCGCGGAUGACCCAGUCGACCUGGUGGCCCGUCACGCACGCCAGGUAG